CUUUCAUGUGCAGGUGACAUAUUGGUUAGCUUGUCUUUAGAGAAAGAGACUUCUCUUUGAGGGAUAAUACAGCACAAAGAUUGGAGCAUCUUGCCAUAAGUGGUACCAUGGAGUUAUCGCCUAUUGUCACUCAACCACAACGUCACUGUGCCACAAGGAGUUUUGAGUGGCAGACAGAACUCUGUGACUGCGGCGAUGACUGUAACAUCUGUCUGUGUGGAGCCUUCUGCUACUGUUGCUUGGGUUGCAUAAUUGCCAAAGACAUGGACGAGUGCUGUUGCUGUGGUCCUAGUGUGGCCAUGAGGACACGCUAUCGGACGUUGUACAGAAUUCCGGGAACGAUCUGCUCAGACUGCCUCAUAGUCACUUUCUGCGGUCCCUGUAACCUUUGCCAACUCAAGAGGGAUAUCAAAAGGAGGAAGCAGUUAGGGAUUUUCUAG